GACAUAACCGGAUAACCCUACUUUUCUCCACGCUUCAUAUUUUCAGUAAAAUCCCAAAACCCACCCUUAAAAAAACAGAAAAAAAAAAUGUGGCGCACCAUCCGAGGGCAGGUGCAGCCCAUCCGUACAUUUCUUAACCAAAUUCCGCAACCACCACCCCACCGCUACUACCACCACCAUCGGCGGUGGCUACUCACUCUAUCUCCUCUUAAAACCCUAACUCUCCGAACAACUUAUUCGUAUUCUUUCUCUUUUUCUUCACAUUUCAAUUUCACCUCGGAGUUCAGUUCGCUGGUUGUUAGAUGCGUAUCUUCGGCUUCCUCAGCCCAGCCUCACCCGGUGGUUAACUGGAACGACGCAGUUCCGUGCUCUGAAGUUGGAGAUGGCGGGAACAAUAGUAGCGUGGAGGACGACCCUAAGACUUCAAUUCCUGUUAAGGCCUAUUUUUUCUCCACUAGUGUGGAUUUGAGGAGCUUAGUGGAACAGAACAAACGGAAUUUUAUACCACCAACAUCGCGUAUGACUAAUUAUGUUGUUUUAAGAUUCGGCAAUUUUUCGGAUUUCAACGGUAUGGGUACUUGCAUAAGUGGAAGCAACUGCUGCUUCAUGGUAGUUUUCCAGUAUGGAUCCAUUGUCUUGUUUAAUGUUUCUGAACAUGAGGUGGAUAGGUAUCUAAAAAUUGUGGAAAGAUAUGCAUCAGGUUUACUUUCGGAAAUGAGAAAGGACGAGUAUGAGGUGAUAGAGAAGCCAACUUUGAGCACAUGGAUGCUAGGAGGAUUGGAUCAUAUUAUGUUACAGUACUUGAACAUUGAUGGAAUCCGUAUAAUUGGUAGUGUUCUAGGUCAAAGUAUUGCUCUUGACCACUAUGUCCGCCAGGUUGAUGGAAUGGUUGCAGAAUUCACUGACAUAAACCGUGGAAUGGAAAAAACUGGAACAUUCACCAUGGAAAGCAAAAAACUUUUUCAACUGGUGGGAAAGGCAAAUUCUAAUCUCGCUGAUGUGAUUCUUAAGCUUGGUCUUUUUGAAAGAUCAGACAUUGCCUGGAAGGAUGCCAAAUAUGCUCAGAUAUGGGAAUACCUCAGAGAUGAAUUCGAAUUGACACAGAGAUUUGCCAGUCUUGAUUUUAAGUUGAAGUUUGUAGAGCACAAUAUUCGCUUUCUUCAGGAAAUUCUUCAGAACCGGAAAUCAGAUUUUUUGGAAUGGCUCAUCAUCAUAUUGAUUAGCGCCGAAAUUGUUAUAUCUCUUUACGACCUUUUCCAGAGGACUUUGCAUUAGCAGUAAUUUCCAACAAGUUUUGCUACUACUUCAACAAAUCAUCAUCAAAUUGGACCAUUUUGGUUCAUGUAAAUAGUGAAUUGAGUAAAGAAGUUGAACAUAAAUUUAAAGCUUCUAUGAUCAUUGAUUUA